UCUCUCUCUCUCUCGCUCGCUCGCUCGCUCAAUCUCUGUCAUCUUAAGGAACUGUUACACGCGUGUGUUUCAUUUCAUCUCUUGUGCAGUGGAGGAAAAACCCGCCAAACCAAGCGUGUGGUUCCUGUUUCAAGAGUCUAUGCUUAACGCUGAGACAGAUGAGAGGACAUGAAGCCAGUCUGCUCUCACUUGGCCUUGGUCGUGACCUUGCUGCUUCUGUCAGCUGCGUCUGGUGGCAGCGACAAAGUGAAGAACAUCACGGCCGUUUUGGGUCGCAGCGUCACAUUCAGCUGCGCGCUGAACAACGGAGAUUCUGUUGAAGGCUUGUACAUACAGAGAGUUAUAAACGAUAAAGAAGAGAAGUUCAUCAAUGGCUUUUAUAACAACCCCUUACCAAUGGAAGUUCCUGAACAGUACCAGAACAGAACCACGGUGAACAAAACGGGCCUCAGCGUGGAGAUGAGAGACAUCUCGGUCUCUGACGAAGGACUGUAUACAUGCGUGGUUUUCAUCAACAAGGACCCUAACAUCUUCAAGAUUCUCCUCAGAGUCAAAGCUGAGUACAGCGUCCCCACAAUCACGGCGGUCUGCGGCCAACGCAGCGACGGCGGCGCUGGACAGGCUUGUCAGUUAAGCUGCUCGGCGGCGGGCGGGUACCCUCGGAGCGCCGCCGGAUGGGCGGAGCUUAAUCAGAGCCUAAUCAAAGUCAUUAACAACUGGAGUUCAGCGGAUAACGAGUCCAAAACCUGGACCGUCAACCAAACCAUCAUGUACACCUGCGACCAGCCCACUAAUAUCAGCUGUGCCAUAGGGGGCGCUGUUUCAGAAAACGUCACCAUAUGUGAAAGAAAUCUUUUCUCACUUGUGGUAAUCGCAGCUAUCGCCGUCGUGCUUGUGUUUGUCCUGUUAGUUAUUUUUGUCGUAGUGAUGAAGUGCUGCUGUGGAAGACAACAAAACCCAGGGGAUCCAAGUGAGGAAGUGGGCAUGCCUUUAGCCGAAUGCCAUUCACAGCAACAGCGCGUCUGAGAGGUGACGGCCAAACGCUGAGGAUAUGCUGAGAUUUUCCUCGUUCUGUCGAGCGGAAGCGCCUCGGCACCCAGAGCUCCGGCUGCAGGUUGGGCGGGCCGUCCAGCUGAACGCUGUGUGUUUAAAGGGGCUUCACUUCUGCGUAGAAGCAGGCCUCGGAGCGACGCUGGACUGUCCCGGCACAUUUGAACACGCAUUUGAGAACGCUUCCUUCCUUUCCCUAGUCAUUCAACUGGAAGAGCAUCUUUUCUUCGGCGUCCUGAGCAUUCGCCGGCCAAAUUCACAGAGACGGUUCAGGUUAUGUCGCCGGGAAAAGGGAUUUCUAAUGGUGCUUACGAUUCAAAGUUUUAUGGCUAGAUGUGCUCUUAUGUACUUCGCAAUCCCGUAUAGUGUUUCAAAUUGUGCCACUUUAUUCCGAGGAGUGGGAAUUUCGAAGUUCGAAGUUUUCAGAGACUGAACUAAGGUAAAUAUUCUGAUUUGGGCCAGUUGUAUGGUUGAUAAAAUAACCGAGGCAGUCUUGACGACUGCUGUCUAUGUUCAUUUAAGAAUAUGAUGUUGAAAUGGUCUUACGCUGGCACAUUUCAUUUGCUUCUAGAAGCUGAUUUAUUUGAAGCUUUAUUUUUUAAAGCCAGUUCUCAGACGAGCAAAAGACAAACAAUAAGUAAAAAUCUAACACUGUUACGUGAUUUCGCUGGUCAUUCCCCUAAAUGCAAUGUUUACCAUUACUUUGUUUAUGUGUAAAUACUGGUACUGACCUUUUUUUUUACUUUUCUACAGCAGUGCACUUACAUUUACUGACAUGCAUUUUUUUUUACUGUAAAAUUGUUCUCAAGGUGAUAUUUAAUUUUCAAUUAAAAUGAAUCUGUUUCCAUGUGGAAAUGUGUUAUGCACUUUGCUUUCUGACUGCUUGAGAGGGCUGUAAUUUAUUACUAAAUUAUUCUGUGUAUUUCUCAAAAAAAAAGAUGAAAUAAAAAAAACAAACAAAA